AUGGGUUUCGGAUGGGGAAAUCCGGGAAUCUCAAGAGUGGGAGUAGUCGUAAGAAACGAUAAAGGGGUCAUCAUUUUCAAGGGUGCUCGACGACUGCAGGAUGGGACAAAUAAUGACGCUGAGGCACAGGUGGCACUAAUGGCCACGGAAUUGGCCAUAAACAUGAAAGUAUCAAAGUUGCACCUAGAAAGCAACUCCCAAAUGAUUAUCAACGCAAUAGCGAAGGCUAACACCCCGUCAUGGAAAUUAUCACAUUGGGUGGAGAUAAUUCGAGAAAAACUCAACUCCUUUGAGGAAUUUCAGGGCUCCCAUGUCAGGGGAGGUGCCAAUGCAGUGGCGGACCUCCUCUCCAAUAUUGGAUGUGACAUGACAUGCCAAUUGGCCAAGUAG